AUGUCUACAGAAAUUAUAAUGGCUCUUAUUAUGAAUCUCUUACCUCUUUUGUUCUCAGUAGCUCUAGUUCAUUCCGAUCAAAGUAUAUUGCCUCUCAAAUCUUUCAAGACAAGUGGAAAUGUAACAUACGAUUGCAUCGAUAUUCAUAAGCAACCAGGACUUGAUCAUCCUUUACUCAAAAACCACACGAUCCAGAUGAAACCAUCAGCUUCAAGAUUAGAAUUAAAGAAUCAAACUAGCAACAAUUAUGUGUAUAAGAAAAAGAUUGGAUGUCCAUAUGGAACCGUUCCUGUAUUAAGAAAUUCAAAAGAAUACAUCAUCAACACACAAUAUUUCCAUCCGCUAUCACGCGAUCGUCCUGGAACACAUAUUGCUGGAGUAAGGUCAAGUAAUGGUCCAUUUCGUGGUAUAGAAGCUUGGUCUAAUGGAUAUGCGUUAAACAUCGGCAAAGAUCAAGCCUCAUAUAGUCAAAUUUAUAUAGGCAGUGGAUCGAAUAAAGAGGUCAAUUUUAUCCAAGCAGGUUUUAUGAUAAAUCCAAGUGUAUUUGGUGACAGACGUGUUUGGUCAUAUGGAUUUUGGCAGGGUAAAGAUGGGAAAGGAUGUUACAAUACCGCUUGUCCAGGGUUUGUUCAAGUAUCGCAUGAGGCUACCUUAGUCCAAGUCUUUGACCCGAAGCCAGGAGUGCCGGUCUGGCUCCGUUGUUCCAUCCAUCAAGAUAAACAAACAGGAAACUGGUGGGUUACACUAUUGUCAAAAGACUCAAAACCUAGCUUGGAUAUUGGUUAUUGGCCAAAAGAAUUAUUUAACCUUUUAAAUAAUGGUGCAAAUAUGGUUGGAGUUGGAGGUGUCGUUCAGGCUUCUCGUUCCGGUUCAAGUCCUCCGCUAGGUACUGGUAAAUUUCCGACUGUAGACCUUAGAGAAUCAGCAAUAUUUACAAAUAUUGAAGCCUUAAAUUCCAACUAUCAGCGGCGUAAACUCGAUUCUUUUCAUAUAGAGAAGUUGUUAGAUAGUCCAAAUUGUUAUGGGUUAAGACUUGGUCAAGCACAACUAUUCCAUCGUAAUCAACUCGGUUACUUUUUAAAUUAUGGUGGUCCGGGAGGAAAAUCUUGUGGAGUUUAA